AGGGCUUUGAGCUGGAGCCCACAGCACCUGACGUAUGGAGUGUGUCCCCUUGGGGGCAGGCCAGCUCAAGCUGAGGAGGUUUAUAAGCCCCAUGGGGGCCCCUGUGGGAGGCAGCAAGCAGGAGCUCAGCUCAGCAGCAGAGGCAGCAGGUGCCAACACGAUGGUCACUGCGGGAACCCUCUGGGGCUGGUGCUUGGGGCACUUCAUCCUUGGGGUCACAGGAUCCCUGGCCUCAGGUCCUAGCGGCCGAAUCAUACAGGGCCAGGACUGCCGUCCACAUUCGCAGCCCUGGCAGGCAGCACUGUUCAAUGAAGACGGCUUUUUCUGCUCCGGUGUCCUGGUGCAUCCGCGGUGGGUGCUGUCAGCGGCUCACUGCUUACAGGACUCCUACACCGUGGGACUGGGCCUGCACAAUCUCGAAGCCUCUCCAGAGUCAGGCAGUCGGAUGUUGGAGGCCCACCUCUCCAUCCAGCAUCCGGACUAUAACAAUCCGCCUUUCGCCAACGACCUCAUGCUCAUCAAGUUGAAUGAAUCAGUGAUGGAGACUAACACCAUCAGGCGCAUCCCAGUGGCCUCCCAGUGUCCCACCCCUGGGGAUACGUGCCUGGUCUCUGGCUGGGGACGACUGAGGAACGGCAAACUGCCAAGCCUGUUGCAGUGCGUGAACAUCUCGGUGGUGUCCGAGGAGGCCUGCCGGAUGCUGUUUGCCCCUGUGUACCACCUCAGCAUGUUCUGCGCUGGAGGAGGCCUAGACCAUAAGGACACCUGUAAUGGGGAUUCUGGAGGUCCCAUAGUGUGCAACAGACUCCUGCAAGGGCUUGUGUCUAUGGGACAAGGAGAGUGUGGACAGCCCGGGAUACCCAGCAUCUACACCAACCUCUGCAAGUUCACUGACUGGAUCCACACCACCAUCCAAGCCAACUAGCCAUGGACCACCGCGUCUCUCACAUGUCCUACAGAGGGGCCGAGAGAGACCGGCUUCUCCCAGCCCUCCCUCUUCCCUCAGGCCCCAGCCCUCCUCCCCUCAGACCCAGGGUCCAGACCCCAGCCUCCUCCCUCAGACCCAGGGUCCAGACCCCAGCCCUCCUCCCUCAGACCAGGGGUCCAGACCCCAACCUCCUCUCUUCAGAAUCAGGGGUCCAGACCCUACCCUCCUCCAUCAGACCCAGGGGUCCAGACUCCAGCCUCCUCGUUCAGACACAGGAGUCCAGGCCCAGCUUCUUCCCUCAGAUCCAGGGCUCCAGAGCCUAGCUUCCUCCCUCAGAUCCAGGGGUCCAGGUUCCAGCCUCCUGCCUCAACCCUGGGGGCCAGACCCCAGCCUCCUCCCUCAGACCUGGUCCCUGUGUGCAGUGCCCUCUGACAGCUGGCAUUGCUCCAGCUUCACCAGCGUUAAGGUUGGUUUCCCACCCUUUCCCGUUCCCACUGAUGGAGAAAUAAAGUUCAGGGGUCGGCACAG